UUGUUUGUUUGUGUCACGAGCUGUGUGUAUGUGGGCUUGCUGUUUCUAGUUUGUUGUUUUCCUAUAGUCACGAGUGUAAUAUGAUACGUCUUUGGUUAUAUAAACGGUUCAUUCACCAAGCAUUUGAAUGAGAAAUUAUUCUUCUCUUCCUCUCACCAACUACCAAAGAAUAAAUUGUUGCUUCUUCUCCUUCUCUCCCAAAGUUUCAUUCUUUACUUUCCUUUCUCUCCAAAAUUUAAAUAAAUUUCAGUCUCUCCUUGAAACUUAAAUUUUCUUAAAAACUUUCCAUACCUUGAUCACAAAUAUGGCUUCGUCAUCUCAUCACACUUUUGAGGGAGAGGGAGAGGGGGUUGAUGAUGAAACGUUUGAUCAAUAUUUCGAUCAAUAUUUUGAUCAAUAUUUCGAUCAAACUCUUCAAAAUUUAUCCAUUGAGUGUGAUCGAGAAGGCGAAAGAAAAAAAAGAAAACAACGAGUCCAUAUCGAACGGAAUCGUGAAGAAGGCGAUAUACGUUUAUGGAAUGAUUAUUUCAGUGAAACUCCGACAUAUCCUAAAAAACUCUUCCGACGACGAUUUAGAAUGAACAAGUCAUUGUUCAUUCGUAUUGUUCAUCGACUCUCCAAUGAAGUUGAAUACUUUCGACAAAAGAAAGAUGCUCUCGGAAGGCUUGGUCUCUCUGCACUUCAAAAGUGUACAGCCGCCAUUCGUGUCUUGGCCUAUGGUUCUGCGGCUGAUGCUGUUGACGAAUACCUCCGCCUCGGUGAAACUACCACUCGGGCAUGUGUGGAACAUUUUGUAGAAGGAGUAAUAAAUUUAUUCGGCGAUGAGUAUCUAAGAAGACCAACACCGGCUGAUCUUCAACGUCUACUUUAUAUUGGUGAGCAACGUGGAUUUCCCGGGAUGAUAGGAAGUAUCGAUUGUAUGCAUUGGGAGUGGAAGAAUUGUCCCACCGCUUGGAAAGGGCAAUAUUCACGUGGUUCGGGAAAACCCACAAUCGUUUUAGAGGCGGUCGCUUCGUAUGAUCUUUGGAUAUGGCAUGCGUUUUUUGGACCUCCAGGUACCUUAAAUGAUAUCAACGUUCUUGAUCGCUCACCUGUUUUUGAUGACAUUAUAAAAGGUCAAGCUCCGCAAGUUACUUACUUUGUCAAUGGAAGAGAGUAUCAUUUGGCUUACUAUCUCACUGAUGGUAUUUAUCUGAAAUGGGCAACUUUUAUCCAAUCUAUUCCAAUACCACAAGGUCCGAAAGCGACUUUAUUUGCUCAACAUCAAGAAGCUGUCCAAAAAGAUGUCGAGCGUGCUUUUGGAGUCUUGCAAGCUCGUUUUGCCAUUGUUAAAAAUCUAGCACUUUUUUGGGAUAAAGCCAAAAUUGGGAGGAUUAUGAGAGCAUGUAUCAUACUCCAUAAUAUGAUAGUAGAAGACGAACGAGAUGGAUACACUCAUUUUGAUGUGUCAGAGUUCCAACCAGGAGAAGACACCGUAACUUCACAUGUCGAUCUCACGUAUUCUACAGAUAUACCUUCAAAUAUCGCCAAUAUGAUGGGUGUUCGAACUAGAAUUCGUGAUAGACAAAUGCAUCAACAGCUCAAAGCUGAUUUGGUUGAACAUUUGUGGAGUAAAUUUGGACGUGGUGGAGACAACAACUGAGUUUGAAAUGUUUCUUUCAAAAUAUUCUCGAUUAAUGUACUACUCUUUAUUUUUAUGUUUUCUUUUUAAAAUAUAUGUUUUAAAUGUUAUCUUUUAAUAUGUUUGUUUAAUAAAUAAAUUUUAUC